UUCGUUAUUCUUCUUCAUGUCUGGUUGCCGCUACCAUUCGGCCAUCUCUGCUUCAACCCAGGGUUGCGGCCUGAGGCCUCUAUGCAUAAAAAAUAAACUAGUUUGUCAUCUUUGCCUUUGAAAUCCAGUCCAGCCGCCACCCAUCUCUUCUAACUUCUUCUCCAGAUUUCAACUAGCUUGUGUGGAAAUAGCAGAAAUAUAUCUGCUGAAGUACCCGCCACCAUGGAGAUUGAAACGGUGCCUUCUGAACCUAAACCCGAGUCUGAUUCAUUGCCCCCAAAGCCAAAAUUUGAGCCUCUUAAGGCUCAUGAGAUGUCAGACGGUCGAGUCCAGUUUAGAAAGGUCUCAGUUCCACCUCACAGGUAUUCACCUCUCAAGAAAUACUGGAUGGAUGUCUAUACUCCAAUUUAUGAACAGAUGAUGAUUGAUAUCCGUAUGAAUCUGAAAGCUCGGAAGGUUGAAUUGAAAACGAGAACAGACACGCCUGACAUUAGUAACCUACAGAAAUGUGCAGACUUUGUCCAGGCUUUCAUGUUGGGAUUUGAUGUUGCGGAUGCCAUUGCACUUUUGAGGUUGGAUGAGCUAUAUGUGGAGUCAUUUGAAAUCAAGAAUGUCAAGACGCUUAGAGGAGAGCACUUGUCUCGUGCUAUCGGAAGGCUGUCAGGGAAAGGCGGUAAAACAAAGUUUGCUAUUGAGAAUGCUACAAAAACUAGGAUUGUCAUUGCUGACACCAAGAUUCAUGUACUAGGAUCUUUUGCCAACAUCAAGAUUGCCAGGAAUUCUCUUUGCAGCCUCAUCUUAGGUUCCCCUGCUGGUUAGGUUUACUCAAAACUUAGACAAGUUACUGCCACAUUGGCAGAAAGGUUUUGAUCAUUGUUAUUUGUAAUAUGUUUGAGAUUUUGUUCUUCAGUUAUAUGGAUAUUUUUCGGUCAUCCACUGUGAACCCUUGAAAAAGGGAAAAAAAAUGAAAAAGAAGAUCAUCAACAGGAUAGAGUAUUCUUUGGAGUGUAAUUUGAGAUGAAAUUUUGCAGGGUAGCAUUGAGUGAAUUUCCUUGAAAAUAUUUUUAUUAUGUUUCUUUAAGAAUUUUACAAUGAAAUUUAUUCUACUGAUGAUGUGUUUGUAUUCCUUGGUCUGUGGUUU